CUCAAAAUUCCUGGUACGAAGACGUGCAGGAGGAUGAAAGGCGACCCAUCUCAGUUGCUUCUCUGAGAGAGCCAAUGGUGGAGUACUAUGAUGAUGUCACUGCUGAUGACAACGAGACCAACCUCGAUGAUAUGUUGACAGGAGAGACGAAGACAGAGGAGUACGAUGAUGUGGAUGAUGUCACGAGUGUGGAGAAGUCGCCUGAGGUGACUGACUACAUAGAGAACACAGGAUAUGAUGACGUGGGAGACAGUGAUGAGGAACUCAUAUCAGGAGAGACGAAGACAGAGGAGUACGAUGAUGUGGAUGAUGUCACGAGUGUGGAGAAGUCGUCUGAGGUGACUGACUACAUAGAGAACACAGGAUAUGAUGACGUGGGAGACAGUGAUGAGGAACUCAUAUCAGAGUCUUUGAGAGAGAAGGGGCUGGAGGAUUAUGACGACAUCACCACUGAUGACAAUGCCGCUAAAAUGACUAAAGAUGACUCAGUGGAGGAGACAAAGCAUGCCAAUGAAAAAGAACAGGAGUAUGAUGACAUCACCAAUGAAGACAACCUUCAAUUUCCAUCAGGGAUUGAUUAUGAUGAUGUCGGGGCGGAGUCUGAGGAGUGACACAUGAAGAUAUCAGCAGAGCAGAGGACUCUCAUCAGCUGUGGUAGACUGGAGUUCCUAGCUUAUUGAUGAGAUGCCAAAUAUAUUUGAUAGCUUAUGACAAAGUAUGUGAAAUGCUUAUUUUUACAAUGGAUAUUUUGUAGGUUUUAUAAUGCCAUUUUUAUUCCAAAAAUUGAUUUUUAUGUUUUUUAUUGUGUGAUUUUUAGGCCAUGUACUUUUGUGUUUUUUCUUGCAAAUAACAUUCAUAUUCAGCUAAAAAAAGUGUUAAACUUACAGUAAAACAUUAAAAAAAAAACCUCAAAAUUGUUUGCUGUGAGCAGUAAUAAUUUCACCAUUUCUUUGAAUAACAAAGACUUGUAAGCAAGCAAUAGCAUGAGGAAUACAAUUAUCAGUGAAUAAUUUUUCUGCUUUGUAGAUUUUCUUUGACAUUUAACAUUGAUGCAUUUUAAGCAUAUAUUGUAUAUUAAUCAGUGUGUAACACAUUCCUAACUACCAUUACACUGUUUUUGUACUAUGAGUCAAUUUGGCAGCUGAGACACCCCUGAGUAAAUCAAGAUUAGCAGAGCAGAAGUAAGCCAAUGCCCUCUCCCUUACUAAAACACUGUUGUAACAAGCUCUUAUGAGCAAGAAAAUAUCUAAUACUCACAGCUUCCCAUCUCCAUGCUAAUAUUUGAUUGGAUGACAUUGGAUGAUAUGUUUUCUGUGUGUAUCUUGACUGAACAAAUUCCUUAGUUGGUUGUAUGAACCCCCUACAGGCCAAAAUGUGCAAUUGUCAAAAACCUUUGAAAGCCAAAGACAUUUAAAAUGCUUCUGGACCUGUGAUGUAAACCUGAUAAAUAAACAGUAUUCUU